UCAUCCUCCUGGUGAUUGAUUCCAGCAGAUGUGAGGCUUGCGCCGCUGAGCGAGGAAAAGACGCUACCGCAGGCAUGCCCCUGGCGCGCAGUUUGUCGGUCACCUCCUUGUCCGGCCUGGAUGACUGGGAUGAAGAGUUUGACCGGGAGGAUGCAGUCCUGUUCGAGAUUGCCUGGGAGGUGGCUAAUAAAGUUGGUGGCAUCUACACGGUGAUCCAGACCAAGGCGCGUCUGACCUGCGAGGAAUGGGGCGAGAACUACUUUCUGGUGGGCCCGUACAUGGAGUCCAAUGUCAGGACGCAAGUGGAGCUGAUCGAACCCUGCAAUGCGGCACUCAGGAGAACCAUUGAUAAAAUGAACAGCAGUGGCUGCAAGGUUUAUUUUGGUCGAUGGCUGAUUGAAGGCUCUCCAUAUGUGGUUCUGCUGGACGUGGGCUUCACGGCCUGGUCUCUGGACCGCUGGAAAAGUGAAUUGUGGGAGAAAUGCAAUAUUGGUGUGCCUUGGUUCGAUAGAGAGGCAAACGAUGCUAUUCUCUUUGGCUUCCUCACAGCUUGGCUACUGGGAGAGUAUGCAGCUCAGUGUGACGAACCUCCUCAUAUUGUGGCACAUUUUCAUGAGUGGCUGGCCGGUUUGGGUCUCGUCUUAUGCAGGCAGCGACAACUACCUGUAUCAACUAUUUUCACCACACACGCCACUCUGCUCGGCCGAUACUUGUGUGCUGGAAACGUCGACUUCUACAACAACCUGGCAGAGUUCAAUGUGGAUAAAGAGGCAGGGGACCGGCAGAUCUAUCACCGCUACUGUCUGGAGCGAGCAGCAUGCCGAUGUGCACACGUCUUCACCACCGUCUCUCAGAUCACAGCCAUUGAGGCCGAGCACCUGCUAAAGCGAAAACCAGAUAUUGUGACACCAAACGGCCUAAAUGUGAAGAAGUUCUCAGCCAUGCACGAGUUCCAGAACCUCCACGCUCAGAGUAAAGCACGGAUCCAGGAAUUCGUCAGAGGACAUUUCUAUGGGCAUUUAGAUUUUAACCUUGACAAGACGGUGUUUCUUUUCAUUGCUGGACGCUAUGAAUUCUCAAAUAAAGGAGCAGAUAUCUUUCUUGAAGCUUUGGCCAGACUUAAUUACCUACUGAGGGUGAAUCACAGUGAGGUGACCGUCAUAGCAUUUUUCAUUAUGCCGGCUCGCACCAACAACUUCAAUGUGGAGACCCUGAAGGGCCAAGCCGUACGGAAACAGCUCUGGGACACUGCACAGACUGUGAAAGAGCGCUUUGGGAAGAAACUCUAUGAAUCGCUUUUAGUAGGGCAGCUGCCUGAUGUGUCCAAGAUGUUGGAUAAAGAGGACUUCACCAUGAUGAAGCGAGCUAUCUUCGCCACCCAGCGGCAGUGCCAGCCCCCCGUCUGCACACACAACAUGCUGGAGGAUAGCAGCGACCCCAUCCUCAACUGCAUCCGCCGCAUCGGCCUCUUUAACUCCGCUCAGGACAGAGUCAAAGUGAUCUUCCAUCCAGAAUUUUUGUCCUCAACUUCUCCUCUCUUGCCGAUGGACUAUGAGGAGUUUGUCCGAGGCUGCCACCUUGGAGUAUUUCCCUCUUACUAUGAGCCCUGGGGAUACACACCAGCCGAGUGUACAGUGAUGGGCAUCCCGUCGAUCUCCACUAACCUGUCUGGGUUUGGCUGUUUUAUGGAGGAGCACAUUGCAGACCCGUCAGCCUAUGGUAUCUAUAUUCUGGACCGGCGGUAUCGCUCAGUGGACGAGUCCUGUAAUCAGCUGACGUCCUUCCUGUUUCAGUUUUGUCAGCAGAGCCGCAGGCAGAGGAUCAUUCAAAGGAACCGAACCGAGCGCCUCAGUGACCUGCUGGACUGGAGAUAUCUGGGCCGGUAUUAUGUCUCUGCCCGUCAUAUGGCUUUAGCAAAGGCUUACCCGGACACAUACAUCUAUGAACCUCAAGAACCCUCUUCGGCCGCAGGCUUCCGUUAUCCGCGUCCUGCCUCAGUGCCCCCAUCCCCUGCUCACUCGCUUCACUCGUCUCCUCAUCACAGCGAGGCCGAGGAUGAGGAGGAACCAUACGAUGAAGAUCUGGAGGCUGAGAAAGAUCGAGUCAACAUCCGCCAGCCGUACAACUUACCCAACAGGAACAAGAAUCAAACAGUUGGUCUUCCUGAGAAAAAUUAAAACGCACACACGCACUCUGCAGCUUAUACUGUGAGGCACUUACACACACACACACACACACACACACUCUGCAGCUUAUACUGUGAGGCACUUACACACACACACACACACACACACAGCAGCUUAUACUGUGAGGCACUUAUACACAACACACACACACACUCCCUUUAAAGUGAACGUAACGCCUGCAAACAGUAUGUCUGCAUGUUGGUUUAUUGAAGAGAAAGAAAUAUUUAAGUAAGCGGUGAGCACUCGUAUGUUAAACUGAGGCUUUUUGUGGGAAGAUUUCUCCAGUGUCUUUCACAUGAGGCCUAAUAAAAAAACUAAUAGAGAGCAAAGGAUUGAAUAGUGACUUGGGUUAUAUAUAUAUAUAUGUGACAAUUCAUAUGGAUUUCAUAUGGUGUGUAUGCAUAUUCAAAUGGCCACUUUGAAAAGCUAAGAUAAUACAAAUAAAGGUGUUUUGGCUACUGAUAUAGGUCUCAUUACAGACUAAUUGAGAUAGAAAUCAUGCAGAUAUAUAGUAGAGAGACAUUUAAUUCCUUAGAAAAAAACAAAUACCCUUUGGUAAAAACAUGCAUUGCAUCAUUUAGUUAAGCUUUCUGCUCUUUUAUAUAUAAAAAUAAAUAAAUAAAUAAAUAAAUAGUGAUCAGGUGAAGAAACACACACAAAUAUCUCUCUCUCCAUAUAUUUAUAUACAUAUAAUAGUCCAUAUAUUUCAAGUCUUCAAUAUCUUUAAAUGAAUAAUUAACCCAAAUGUCCUGAAAAUCAUGUUUUUGACACUCAGGGUCACCAUUCACUUUCACUGUGCUCAUGUUUGAAAGCCAAACCUCUUCUUUUGUGUCGCAUGAAAAAGCAAGCAAUGUUUUACAAGAAUAGAGACGUGAUGUCCAAAAACAUUCUCCCAUUUACUCACCGCUUUAUUUUUCAGUAUUAUAUGUUGUCUGCCCUAAAGAAAGUGACUAUCCAGCAAUCCUUAGAGGGUUAUUAUAAGAGAACGGACAAGCAAUCGAUGUAGCUAAUGCUAGCCAGCCAAACCAAUACACUGGAACAUCAUCAGUACUGUAAUACAAAUCCACACCAGCACUGUUUGAGUUUGUCAUGUCUAUCACAGCUGUACAUCUGAGAUUAAAGUGUACAACAUUAUACACUUGA